GUCUGUUUAUUUCGGACCAGUGUGUUUCUGUAGAUAGAAACGUGAAAUGUCAUUAGUGUAUGAUCUUGAUUGCUGACUUGUUGGUCACUGACCGCUCACUUUGAAUAUAUUACAACCUGCAAGCAGCUGCUAACAUUAUUUGCUAGUGGUAGCAAAUAAUGUUAACAUUACUCGUCAUAUUACUUUCAGUCCGUGUGUUUGUUUUACUCACAUAACGCAGCUUAACAUUUGCUGUUGUGUCGUGCGGCCAGUCUAAUUCCUUUUACUGGCAUUAUGGUAGUUAUGGCAUCUCCAGGGUAUUUCGGUGAUGGUCCUCCAAUGCGCGAGAGUGACCCGUGCUUCACUGAAGUCAUCAGCAAGAGGAUGCGCGUGCCCGAGCGGCUGGGCGUCGGUCCAGCGGGUCACGCGCAAGAACCUGCAGACCAAAGACCCGAAGAGCUGUGUGCUGCCUACAACAUGCACAUCCCAGAUAGACUGGCCUUAACAGAUGCUCCUGAUCUGAGUCCACGACCUCUCUUCACUAAACACAAUUCCUCAAUGUGGGACCUGAAGCAUGGGUCCUGGGACAGGGAGGCGUUCAAGAGAGAGCCUGUCCAGAGUCCACUGCGAAGAAGGUCUUAUAGUGACCAGGCUUUUGGUCGAACCCCAGCUGGGACCCCCACACACCCCAGACAAGCACUGCGCUCCCAGCCUCCCCACAGUAUUGGACAUCCACCAGUCGUACAUACAGACCCCUCCCCACCAAAGCCCCCGGGGCACCCCUCCAUCCCACCCAACCUGCUGUCCCCUCAGAGCAUGCUGCAGGCUGCCAAGGAGCUGGGCCAGCAGGCGUCUCAGAAACUCCUUCAGACCAUCACCAAAAAAUACUCCUCCAGGUUUGGUUUCCCAGAAAGCCAUCCCUCUCAGGCUGUGGAGGUUCAACCUGAUCAAAGCAGGACAAGUGCCUCGCAGGAUUUCUGGCUCAGUCCUGAGGAGGACACAGGUACUGCUGUCGAGUUCAUGGUGCUCCGCAGACAGGUGGUGAAGAUGAGCAGGAGGAUAGCAGGGCUGGAGAGACAGAACACCGAGCACAAACAGACAGAGCUGGUGCUGUUGUCUCUGUUACUGUCUGCCUGUCUGAUCAACGGCUGGCUGUGGAUGCGCAGAUGACGGCUCACACUCCGUAACACUACACUAUUCAGACAGCACUACAAGAGCAGCACAGCCGGUUACUGGGAAGUGCAGAACUGCACAUAGCUUUUUUUAGUGAUUUACUUAGUAUGUUCUCUAGAAAAUUAUGGUAAGUGGAUGGUUUAGAAACCACUUCUUUUGAGGACUGUCAUCAGAAUGAGACGCGAAUGACUGAACAUCCACUCGUAUGUGUCGUGAUAUGACUUGAGGGACUCGAGCAUGUUUUUCUCCUCAUGAGUCAUUCAGUAAAGUCUCUCUAGCUCUUCUGAUCAGACUAGUUGCUAGUUGUAUUUUUUGUGCAAAUUUAGUACAUGCAAAAAUUUAUUUUCUGCAUGCUUUACAAGCAAGUUUUUAUUAAAGUAUAAAUAUGGGUGUUUAUAUUAAUAUUUAAUUUAUGCAUUUGAAUAGCCUUCAACCUGAUGAUGAAUAUUUAAAAUAAUAAAACAUUUUAUUAGUC